AUGCAAGGACCUAUCAUGGCAUUCGCUGCCGCUGUCAAACGAGAAUUUGCUGGCGCAAUGGCUCGUGAAACUGCGUCGAGAGAACACUCCGGUAAACAAAAACUCUUAUGUCUGUAGUCAGCAUUUUGAAGCUAAUUGCCUCAUAAAACCAAUGGGAGGACAAAGAAUUCGCUUGAAGCCAGAUUCCGUACCGACAAAGUUUAUAUUUACUGUUGAAAAACCAAAGAGGAAAGAGCCCGCUGAUCGAGCAACGUUGAACACAAAGAAAACAAAAAUAGAGAAAUCGCAGCAGCAUUCAGCCCCCGAACCGAUAAACAUUGAAAACACCGAUUUUAAAUCUGUUUCAGAUGGUAUGGAAACUGAACAUCUCGAAAGUGAAGGUUUAUUUCAAAUUGUAGAUGAAAACUGGGAACAUCAACUUCAGUUAAAGAAUGACGAAAUCUCAUGUUUACUUGAGAAAUGGCAAACUAAGGAGCGCGUCCCGUGCGAUUUCCAGUUUUUGGAUAUGACCAUGUCGAAACAAACCGAAAGCUUUGCUGCUGACAUUCUUGAAAUCUUUGUUGGAUUCAUUGUCUUUAGCUUUUCUUUCAAUAAAGUAAGACACGAUAUUCUGAAUAUUAAAUGA